CUCCCCCUAAUCUCCCGUCCCCCGCUGCAGGGGCGGGGGUUAGUAUGUGACAUGUGUCUAACUCUCAGCGGCAACUUUGGCAGCAGGUGUCGGUCCUAAGCAGGAGCCGCCGUUGACGGGUGCGCCCUCGCCCAGCCAUGCGGGCCGCGGGCGCGCGUCUCGCCCGCACCUCGCGGCUGCUGCUUCUGUUACUGCUCAAGGUUUCCGCUUCUCCCGUCCUCGGGUCAGCCCCUGCGCCCGGGAACGAAAAUUGUCUGGGGGAAAGCUGUUCACCUACACUGAUCCAGCGUCGCAGCAGGGACGCUUGGGCACCGGGGAAUUCUGCAGGAGACCUUCUGCCAACCCGUGCGCCCAGGGAGGAGGAUCAGGAGGCAGCGGUGCGCUUGGCGCCUUCGUGGGACCCACCCGCGGCCCGCGGCGGUGACCCAGGCGCGGGCAGAGGAGCGGAGGCGUCGGCAGCGGAGCCCUCGGGACCUCCAGCCAGACCACCUGGCGCCUGGAGGUGGAAAGGUGCCCGGGGUCAGAAGCCCCUGGGUACUUUGGGGAGAGGGAACCCCACGGCUCUCCAACUCUUCCUUCACACGUCAGAGGAGAAGGAAAGGGGUCCCAGAGGCGCUGGCAUUUCUGGACGCAGUCAGGAGCAGAGUGUGAGGAAGGAACCCGGAGCCAGCGACCUUUAUUAUUGGCCAAGGAGAGCGGGGAAACUCCAGGGUUCCCACCACGACCCCCAACCCAAGACGGUCAAUGGACCGUCGGGGCACGAAGGGCGGACGAUUGCACCCCCUGGCAGGGCGCUGGCUCUCAAUGGGUCCUCCCUUGAAGGAGUUCACGAACGCGGGGGUCCUCGGCGGGGGAACAGCACGAACCCGCGCUUGCGACUGAAGAACCCUUUCUACCCACUGACCCAGGAGUCAUACGGAGCCUAUGCGGUCAUGUGUUUGUCGGUGGUGAUCUUCGGGACCGGCAUCAUAGGCAACCUGGCGGUGAUGUGCAUCGUGUGUCACAACUACUACAUGCGGAGCAUCUCCAACUCCCUCUUGGCCAACCUGGCCUUCUGGGACUUUCUCAUCAUCUUCUUCUGCCUUCCGCUCGUCAUCUUUCAUGAGCUGACCAAGAAGUGGCUGCUGGAGGACUUCUCCUGCAAGGUCGUGCCCUAUGUAGAGGCUGCUUCUCUCGGAGUUACUACGUUCACCUUAUGUGCUCUGUGUAUAGACCGCUUCCGUGCGGCCACCAACGUCCAGAUGUACUACGAAAUGAUAGAAAACUGUUCUUCCACGACUGCCAAACUUGCUGUCAUAUGGGUGGGUGCUCUCCUGUUGGCACUGCCGGAAGUGGUGCUCCGCCAGCUGAGCAAGGAGGACCCGGGCUUCAGCGGGCGCGCCCCCGCGGAACGCUGCGUCAUCAAGAUCUCCCCGGAUCUCCCCGACACCAUCUAUGUUUUAGCCCUCACCUACGACAGCGCCAGACUCUGGUGGUACUUCGGCUGUUACUUCUGUUUGCCCACACUUUUCACCAUCACCUGCUCUUUAGUGACUGCCAGGAAGAUCCGCAAAGCCGAGAAAGCCUGUACCCGGGGGAAUAAGCGGCAGAUUCAGCUAGAAAGCCAGAUGAACUGUACAGUCGUGGCUUUGACCAUUUUAUAUGGAUUUUGCAUUAUUCCUGAAAAUAUCUGCAACAUUGUUACUGCUUACAUGGCCACAGGGGUUUCCCAGCAGACAAUGGACCUUCUUAAUAUCAUCAGCCAGUUCCUUUUGUUCUUUAAGUCCUGUGUGACCCCUGUCCUACUUUUCUGUCUCUGCAAACCCUUCAGUCGGGCCUUUAUGGAGUGCUGCUGCUGCUGUUGUGAUGACUGCGUCCAGAAGUCUUCCACGGUGACCAGUGAUGACAAUGACAACGAAUACACCACGGAACUGGAGCUCUCACCUUUCAGUACCAUACGUCGGGAGAUGUCCACGUUCGCGUCCGUUGGAACUCACUGCUGA